UUGAAUGAGCCAAAGUUGUUCGAAAUGGCAUCACAGUUACAAACUCGCAUCAUUUUUUCCUUGCGGAACUCGAUUCGUAGCUGUUACUCAGCCAAACCUCUCUGCACCAUUAGCGGAUCGACCCAAGACUCCGAGUCCCCCGAACUUCCGGACUGGGUAAAGUUCUUCGAUACUAGAAGCUCUUCUCAUUCAGAUUCUGAGGAUGACGUCUUCGUUAUUCCUCCAUUGGCGCAUUGGCUCGAAUCCCAGAGGCUCGAAGACCACAGUGAAGUUGGCAAGAAGAAACUUGGCGAGGCGAACGAUAAUGAAGUCGACAAAAUAAGUAUGAUGCUAAAGAAUCGAUACCCAUCACCGGAAAAUGUUGCAGAAACUUUGAAUGGAAGAGCUUACAGGGUAUCGAACACUUUGGUUGCACAGCUGCUGAAGAGAUUUGGGAAUGAUUGGAUCCCAGCUUAUGGUGUUUUCAAGUGGGCGAAAGACCAAACACCUUACCGGCAUUCACCUGAAUCAUAUAACUCCAUGGUUGAUAUCUUGGGGAGGGCAAAAAAGUUUAGACUUAUGUGGGAGUUGGUCGAUGAGAUGAGUCAUAUAGCUGCGUAUGUGAGUCUGGAGACGAUGAGUAAGGUUAUUAGGAGGCUUGCGAGGGCUGGUAGGUAUCAAGAGGCAAUUGAAGCAUUCCAGAGGAUAGAGGAAUAUGGCGUUAGUAAAGACACAGCAGCCAUGAAUGUGUUGAUGGAUGCAUUAGUCAAGGAGGGCAGUGUGGAAGAUGCCCACAAUGUGUUUGAAGAAUUGAAGGGUUCAAUACCUUUCAAUUUGACCUCUUUCAAUGUUCUAAUACAUGGGUACUGCAAAGCUAGGAAGCUAGAUGAAGCAUGGAAGAUCAUGGAAGAAAUUGAGAGACAGGGACUUGAACCUGAUGUGAUUUCCUACACUGCUUUCAUUGAAGCUCAUUGCCGCGACAAGGACUUCCGAAAGGUGGAUAAGAUUCUGGUGCUAAUGGAACAAAAAGGGUGCAGGCCUAAUGCAGUAACUUUCACCAUUAUAAUGCAAACUCUAGGGAAGGCAAAACAGAUAAAUGAAGCUCUAAAGAUAUAUGAGAAGAUGAAGAAAGAGGGUUGUGUGCCUGAUAGUUCAUUCUACAGCUCCCUGAUAUUUAUUCUUGGUAAAGCUGGUAGGCUCAAAGACGUUAAGGAGAUAGUAGAGGACAUGACAAACCAGGGGGUUAAUCCAGAUGUGUUGACAUAUAACACAAUGAUAUCUUGUGCCUGUGCGCAUUCGCAGGAAGAGACAGCUCUAAGAUUGCUACGGAAAAUGGAGGAGGAUUCGUGCAAACCAGACCUCAAGACUUACCACCCUUUAUUGAAGAUGUUCUGUAACAAGAAGAGAAUGAAGGUGCUGAAGUUUCUGUUAGAUCAUAUGUUCAAGAAUGAUGCAAGUAUUGAAGCUGGGACUUACUCGAUUCUGGUGCGUGGGAUGUGUGACACCGGAAAAAUCCAUCUUGCUUGCUCGUUCUUCGGGGAAAUGGUGUCGAAGGGGAUGGUUCCAAAAGACUCCACAUUCAAGAUGUUGAAGGAAGAACUUGAGAGGAAAGGUAUGUCAGAAGAAAUGAAAAUCAUUGAGAAGUUGAUGCUCUGUGCAACAGAGCAAGAUACGAGUUAAAGAAUAAGAUUCAUAAUAGAGCAACUAGCUGUCUGAACUAUAUGUUUGUUCAAGCAAUCUUCUCAAAAUAGGGUCUCCUACAAGAAUGUAUCCAUUUACAGUUCUGCUAGAGAAAAAGGACCAAUGCAAACAAACAUUUCUAUGUUCAA